GCGGUGCCGUCGGGUGUGGAUUUAUUUGCUGCGUUCAUCGCGCUCAGCUCAGUGUGUCGUUUCUGCGCGUUAUUGUCUUCAUCAUGAAGCUUGUUGUUCUGAUAGUUGUGGUCCUCGCACUUUGGUGCUCAACAGAGUCCAAAACAGCCCCAGCUAAGGUUCAGGUGUACAGUCAUUACCCCGGAAAGUUUGGGCAGGAUAACAUCCUGAUGUGUUAUGUGACCGGGUUCCACCCACCGAAUAUCGAGAUCCAGCUGCUGAGGAACGGCGAGGAAAUCCCCAAUGCCGUGCAGACCGACCUGGCCUUCAGGGAGGGCUGGUACUUUCAUCUGAUGAAGAACGUGGCCUUCAAGCCCAUGAAGGAUGACGUGUAUCUGUGCCGGGUCACUCAUCAAGGCGUGCCCAAAGACUACGCCUGGCAAAUAAACAUGUAACUCAGUAUGGACUCAGUUUGGAUGAUGUCACAUCUGUUGACCUCUUUGAUCACAGCCAUCUGAUGAUUCGGGAAUUCUUUUGGUUUCUUUUUUCACCACAUCGACCAUAACAAUCAGUUUUAUCACACUUUCUGGGGUUCGCAGUGUGUGGAUGCGUUUAUUCAACAUCUCAGUUUUUCUCUGAAUUAUUCUGCACUAUAAUUCUGUUUUUUGUUUUUUUUUAAGAUCUAUAUGUAUUUUAAUUGCAUAUGAAAAUGUCCCUCCUUUUGGAUUACAAGAUUUUAGCGUAAAUGGAUUAACGUAAUGUGAGGUACAUGUGUGAAAAAUGAAUGACAGUUAUGGAAAAGUACAAAUAAACUCAACAUGUCUGAUUUACACAUUAAUCGUCAAUAGAUUCAAAUGGAUGAGAACCAGUUUGAUAAAUUAUGCAUCAUAUUAAAUGUAUUAGUUUGCUUUUCUUAGAACUUGAAUCCAAAUGGAUAGAAAACUUAAAUGUAAUCAAAAUGCAUCCAUCUUAAAUAUCACAAGAAUUAUUUUUUUGUUUUUGAGUGAUUUAAAUAGGAAAUUUUUUAUUUUUUUUUUUCUAAACAUUUUUUCCUAUUAACUUCAAGCGCUGAUAUCCUGAUUGACAGCAAAAUAAGAACUGCGUAAGAUCUUCAGGACAAGCGUACUGUGGGCGUGUCUCAAAGACGUGACCUUCUAUGGGCGGGCCUGUCAGCAACGACCUUUUUGUAUUAUACUUUUAUUUUUCUGUUUUGUACAGUUACUUGGAGAAAGUUUGAAAUCAAACACUAAACGUGUUUAACAAAAAAUAUAAAACAGCUUUUGUCUAAUAAUGGUUGUAAUUGUUGGACCAAGUGGGUGUUCUUUUAAAUGUGAAAUUGUGGAUUUAUUCAGUUAAAUAAAUUUCUGUUAAAAAU